AUGUCGUCUCAACAACACCCUUCCAGCGACGCGUCCUCGCCGUCGACGAUCCCGGACGAUCCAUCUCCGCACCACACCUCUCAGCCCGCCUCGUCCUCCCCUAACUCGACGACCGCCCCGUCGAACCCUUCCCAACUCGCUCAACAACUCGCGGGCGGAGCAGCAACCGACGAGACGUCCGCCGCGAACCACCCCUCCUCCCCGUCCUCCGACCUUCCCAACGGCGUUUCCUCCGCCAGCGGCCCUUCCCUGACCGCCUCCUCGCAAGCAAACGGCGAACAAACACCCUCGUCGGCAUCUUCGCCGCGCCCCACCGCUCCCUCGCGCUCAAUGUCGUACAAGGCGGAAGGCGACGUUUGGGGUUCGAGCCGGGCUUCGAACGCGUUCAGCGGUGCAGGAGACGACGCAGCGCAGCGUACGACGAGGGCCGCAUCGGACGGAGCGGUCCUCAGUACCGGCUUUGGCGGACCAGGCUCGAUGGCGUUCGUCCCCUCUGGAGAACCGAGCCGGGCUGCAGGCGGCAUCAGCUCGCGUCUCUCGUCGCUCGGCAGCGAGGACAGCGGGAGCAGCAACAACGACGAACAGGCUUUCUUCCGCGACUACCAGCGGAGGUCGCUCGAACACUCGGCGAGUCAGCGUCUCUCGACGGCCAAGAGCUUCGCCAGUCCGCCUCUCGCGAACGCGCGACUCGGUCCUGGCGCGACGAGCCCGUUCUUCCAACCUCCGAGCUUCCUCUCGACCACGUCCGCGACCGCCUCGGGCCUGACCUCGAGCGCGAGCAACACGCCCGCCUCGUCAAUCCCGCCGCCUCUCCUCUCGCCCACCUCGACCAGCCCCCCCUCGUCCCUCGCUCCGCCGUCCGUCGCAUCGUCCAUGAUGUCAGCCACCUCGAACAGCGUCGCCGGCUCGCCGCCCGAGUCUGGACCGGCCGGGUCGAGGGGCGCGACGCUUCACCUUGGGGACUUGGAUGUCUGGAUGGAUGAAGCGUAUGUCCGAGAGUGCUGCUCGAUGAUGGGUUGGGACGUGGUGAAUGUCAAGAUGAGCCGUGGGGCGAGUCCUUCCUCCGGCUACUGCUUCCUCACCUUCACCUCAGCAACCGACGCAAGCCGCGCCCUCUCGCGCUUCAACGCCGCUCCGCCAGUCCUCAUGCCCCGCAGCGGCAAGACGUUCAAGUUGAACUGGGGUACUGGGCUGCCUGGGUCGCAGCCGACUUGGGACGGAGAAUUCAGCGUGUUCGUUGGAGAUCUGGCGCGAGAAGUUGGAGAGGCGGAUCUGCUGGCCCUCUUCUCGCCCCUGUUCCCCUCGACCAAGUCCGCCAAAGUCCUUUGCGACCCCUCGACCGGCCUCUCACGCGGCUUCGGCUUCGUCCGCUUCGCCGACGAAUCCGACAUGCAGCGCGCUCUGCACCUCGGGUCCAAUUCGCACUCGGGCUUGCUCCUCCACGGCCGGACGAUCCGGAUCUCGGAAGCGAGCGGGUCGGGAGGACCGAAUGCGGUUGAGGGAUUGCCGCAUUUGCGCGAGAGGACGAGGACGAGGAGCGGCGAUACGGCUUUUGCGGCGCAGGGCCAGCAACAGCAGCAGCAACAACAGCCGCAGGGCCAGCAGCAGCAGCCGGGGUACUUCCCGCCUUACCCGCCGCAGGCCGCCGCGCAGCAGAACGAUGGCUUCCCCGAGAACCCCUACGCUUCGCCAACCCUCUCCUCCGCAUCAUACGGUAACAACGCAGCUUUCUCCUCGCCCAUGUCACCCUACGGCCCGCCCAACCCGGCGCCAAACGGGAACGGCCUCAUGUUGCCCUCGCUUGGAAGCGGAGGACCUGGGUCGAACGGCGCUGGUCAGGGAGGACGCGCGCAGCGUGAAGGUGGUGGAGCGGGGAGGAACAACAUCCCGGCUGGCUCGGUCCCGCCUGGUGGAGACCCGAACAACACGACAGUGUUCGUUGGAGGUCUACCGGCGUGCAUCAGCGAGGAGACGCUCAGGUCGUUCUUCCACCACUUUGGCGAGAUCACGUAUUGCAAGAUCCCGCCCGGCAAAGGCUGCGGCUUCGUCCAGUUCGUCCGCCGCCAAGACGCCGAACUCGCCAUCGCCAAGAUGAACGACUUCCCGAUCCACGGCAAGUCGCGUAUCCGCCUCUCGUGGGGUCGCUCGCAGGGCGACAAGCAGGUCGAGCACGUUCGCAAGCUGGCGAGCGCGCUGGGUGUGCCGUUCGACGCGGUCUGGCGGAUGGUUCAGGGGCAGGACAACUCGACUAUCAAGCAGAUUGCGAGCGCUGUCGGCGGUAACGGUACCGGGAGUGGCGGCCCUCAAUCGGCCGGGGUGUCGUCGAGGGACUCGGCUGGCGCGAACGGGAGCAGCAGGAUGGACGUUCGUGCCGUCGCCAACGCUGCCGGCUUGAGCGAGUCCGAGGUGCUCGACCUCGUCAAGAACGGCAACUCGUCGAACGGGUCCAACUCGACGAGCAACAACAGCGGAACGAGCAGCCACAGCAACUCGACGGCCGGCUCCGACUUUUUCGCUCGCUCCGCAGCCCUCACUGGCUCGAUGACCUCGCUCGAGUCGGCGGCUUCGCCUUCGUCGUCUGAGCCGCCGCGCGGCAGCAACCCGUACUCUCGCGUCUCGCCGUCGUCCUUCUCGUCGGCGUUUGCACCGGCCGGCAUGAUGCCGCUCUCUCCUCCCCCGACUGCCGGUCCGGGCGCAGGCUCGUUCGCGCACCACCAGGCUUCGCACCCUCCCUUCGCGCCCGCCUACCCCGCCGUCCACUCGCACUCGCCUUCCCCCUACACGGCCAUCCGCCCCGAGUCGUACCUCGUCCAGCCGCCCACCGCCUCGCCUUACGAGCGCGUCGACUUUGCCGACGGCGGACGACCGUCGCCGAACGGCUUCUCGGACCGCUACCAGCCUCACGCGUUUGGUCCCGGCGGUAUCGGAGGCGGCAAGUGGACUGAGCAGCCGCACCCGGACCUUGGCAUGGGCGGGAACUACACGACUGCCCCGCCUCCGCCUGGCAUGCCGCUCGACGAGUCGUUUGCGGGUCUCUCGCUCGGAGGCGCUGGCGGGCCGCCAAGGAGCCUCCCGCCCCCGAUGGCGAUGGGCCGCCCGGCUUUCCAGCCUACCGCGCCUGACUUCUUCCCUGGCGCGCUCGCGAGCCCGACGACGAGCGGCGCGGGCUUGCCUGCUCUCGGAGGCGAGCCGACCUGGAGCUGGAACGGCGUCAGCGCCGCCUAA